AUGGAUGGCGACUUCGACUGUCUCGAGUUGGCGAAGGCGAUCUACGGUCUCAAACAAGCUUCACGUGUGUGGAACGAGACUUUCGACGAGUUCGUAUGCUCUAUCGGUUUUGAAGUGUCGGCGUUUGACCCAUGUCUCUACAUCAAGGUUUUCGACGGUCACUGUGUGCUCGUGCUGGUCUACGUGGAUGACGUGUUGGUCACCGGCAGCUCGCUCGAGUUGAUUGCGCAGACGAAGGCCGACCUCAAGACGCGUUUCGAGAUGACCGACAGUGGCAAGUGUACUUUUGUACUGGCCAUCGAACUGGUGGACGAAUCGGAUGGCAGCGUGACGAUGUGCCAGCGACGGUAUGUCAACGACAUCCUCAAGCGCUUCGGCAUGGAUGAGUGCAAGGCCACAGCAAGUCCGGUCGACUUAAGCACUCGGCUUGUCGCAAGCAGCGAAGCGGCCAAGAUCGACGCUCCGUUUCGUGAAGCUGUGGGAGCUUUGAUGCACUUGACGACUGCGACGCGCCCGGACAUUACGUAUGCUGUGGGGUACGUCUCGCGCUUCAUGGAGAAUCCGCAGCAAGAACAUUGGACGGCGGUGAAGCGCAUUUUUCGUUACUUGCAAGGGACCGAGUCGCACGGACUCCGUUUCCAGCCAAGCGACAAGAUCGACUUUCGUGGCUACUCGGACGCGGACUGGGCCGGCGACCACGCUGAUCGCAAGUCGACUUCGGGUUACACUUUCAUGCUGAUGGGUGCUCCUGUGAGUUGGGGAAGCAAGAAGCAGUCAAGUGUGUCGCUGUCGACGAGUGAAGCGGAAUACAUCGCACUGAGUCUGGCCAUCCAGGAAGGCAAGUGGGUGCAUCGCCUGCUAUGCGAGAUUUUGGCGGCCGCAAACGAACCAGGACCGGACCUCGUCAUCCGUGAAGACAACCAGUCGUGCAUCACGAUGACGAAGAAUCCGGUGAAUCAUGGCCGCGCCAAUCACAUCGACAUCAAGUACCAUCACAUCCGUGAUGAGGUCAAGCGCGGUGAAGUGAAGCUCAAGUACUGUGAAACUGCGGUGAUGUUAGCGGACAUCGUGACGAAGGGACUUCACGGGCCACGCCACAAGGAGAUGACGGCGACUCUCGGGAUUCGUGAGCAUUCGGAUUGA